UCAGCUUUUUUCCCAGUCCCGCGGAAACGUCGACAGUACUUUUUCCCAUUGACGCUGCCCGGCCUGCUGAGUUCCUCCAGCAUUUUGUGUGUGUUGCUCGGAUUUCCAGCAUCUGCAGAUUUUCUCUUUGUGAUUUGUGUGUGUUGCAUUCUUUGCCUACACCAGCACUUUACUCUUCCUCAAAUGACGUUACUAGGGGCAUUGUGAGGUGAGGCAACGUCCGCUAUCGUUGUAAAAGGCAGCGCAACAGUUGCGCCUUGGUCCGGGGCAGCGGCGCCUGGGUGCUGCGUCUCGCCGGCGAGCCAGACGUUGCUGGAGUGGUUGGUUACCUGUCAACCAGCCAGUUUGUGCAGUGGAACGGAAGGCUGCGUUGCCCGGGGAAACGAAGAGACGCCGCGACACUGCGGGAGGCCACGAAGCGGACCGAUUGCAAUUACAGGACUCGGAGUUGGCCAAACGACUGGCACCGCCGGAGGGGAGCAGUCCGAACUGAAUUUUGAGUCCAGGUGACUGCAGUGUAUUUGAACCAUGGCAGACCUAGAAAAAAUACCUUUGGACAUAGAGAAUGUGCUUUUUUUUGAACAGACACGCUUGAGAAAGUUUUUAAAAGAACAGAAGACGAUCCAAGAUCUGCAAUCUGAAAUAAGCUCUUCAACCAUAAAGUCUCAACUGGUUAGAUCUCAGAAGAUCAAAAAGCAAUUAACAACCCCUGCUUUUGAAGAGACGUUAGAUGAAGAUACAGUGAGGUCUUCCUUUCCUUUAAAGAGCACUGUUACUAGUAAAACCUUUGCUUCUCCAUACUCUAAUAUCGAUGAACAGGCCAAUCAAUUUCCGAGGCAGAAAUUCCCUGUGUCUCACCUGCUGGAUGAGAUUAAUGGAAUGAUUCUUCAUUGUCAGAUUGAUGAGAUCCCAUUCCCCCAGGGGCUUGAGAACAUUUUGAACUAUGGCUGGAAGGACUUCAUCAAAAAUGUGACAUACAUCAAGAGGGGGUGGCCAACUGCUACUUGCAAAUAUGCCUGUUUGCAGAGACCGUUCAGUCAUAGGUCAGCACUCAGUAAGAUAUCAGUUCAAAGUAUCAUUAAUGACAUUGACAAAAGCAUAUCUAAAACCCAAGCACCUACAGGGGAGGUGUCAGCAAGAGGCGACAAUAAACUAUUCGGAGCCACUCCAGUCAAAGGUAAGAAGAAAGAUAAAAGGAAACAAGGGAAAGCUGAAUCAUCCAAAGGUCUCCAUCCAACAGGGUUCACAAUAAACUUCUCGAUAUCAUCCAAAACUUCAAUGAAACAAGGCUGGAUUAUUGAGCCAUAUGAUGACACCCUCGCAAAAGUCGACUGGAAGACAAUCUACACCUUGAUGUUGGAGAAGAUUCAAGCUGCAAAUUCAAAGAUAAAAUUGCAAAGAAUGAGUAUGGCGAAGCAUGGAUUCGACAAGCCAGUGAUCCUCCUACACUAUGAAGAGGCCAGAACUGUACCCUUGGGCAAAUACUGGAAGCAAGCAUCGGCCCCAGCGUUUGCUCUAAAGGAUGGAAAACCUCCAAUCCCAGUCAUGAAAGUAGAAAAUCCUGCAUUAAAUAAACUACAUUAUGCAUUAAAUGAUGGCUCAUGCAUCAUUUAUUAUCCUUCAGGUAAUAUUGCUGUGUGUCGCAGUCACUCUGGCCUUUCCUGUCCAGGAGCAUUUUACACCAAUAUCUUUGAUGAUUCUGCAGUACGGCCCACCUUACUGGGCAGUUUCACUCCAUUUGGAGAUGGGAGUAUUUUCCUACCUGGGGAAAAGUCAAGGGUCCUGCUGUACCAUGAAGAGGGUGGGCUGCUAAUUAAUGAAAAUGAAAUUUCAAUGAAGCAGUGGAAAUGGCCAAAAAGAGGGAAUCUUCCUGAGCCAAUAUGGAUGCAGGUUAAUGAUUAUAUCACUGUACGAAUCAAUGGUCGAUUUUCAAUCAAUUUCACCUACAAGUGGCAGUAUGAGUAUAUCCGCUUUCCCCUUUCUCCCUUGCCAGAUGUAAUUCCUCCCCAGCCCAAUAAAAUGGGUAAGCUGCUGACUGAUAUACCAUUUACAUCAGCUUCAGCCAGACCUCUCAUGAAAAUGAUUCCAUUAAGACAAAAGCAGAGAGACAGCAGAAUGGCAUUUAAAAGGAAGCAAUCCAGUCUUCAUAGACCAGUGGACUUUACUGUAGGCACACAGAGAGUUUCCAAUAUCACAAUUCAGUCAUUGCGGCAACUGCACAGGAAGAUUAAGACCAUCAUUGAUAACUGGAUGGAGCAUUAUAGAAUGGAAACAGGUUUGAAAAGCAAAGCUGUUGAGCCAGAUUUACAGCUUCAAAAGAGCCUCCCGGCUUUGGAUCCAUUGAAUAUUCCUGCUGCCCCGAAGAGACGCUUUCCCGAUUCAACCAGCUACGUUCGCUUCCUAACGAUUCCCACUGUUGAUAAGAUCAAAUGUGUUCCCCGCAGUUGCACCUUUACAAGCAAUUGGCCUCUCCUCAUCUCCAGAGAAGACAGCUUUGCUGUGUUGUUGGCGAGCAGGCGUGGCUCCUUUAACGGAACUACAGUCAAACAUAGGCCGCAGUUUCCGAAGGUGCACAAGGAGGAGAAACCAUGGCUUCAGUCCCCUGGCUCCUGCCCAGUCGCCCUGCGCUCUGCAAUGUUGGGUGAGGGACUCAAGCCCUGCAAGUGCAGCGUAAACAAGGUUCCCCACAUCACUGAUCUGGAAUUUGACACAUUUAUUGAGCGAGCAACUGCAGAAAUCCGGCAGAUCGUCCUGGUCUGUGUGGUGUCUUCACACUCACAGCCCAUGCCCUGUGAGAGUAUGAUUCAGGAACUGUACGAGGAAAGGAACCGAAACCGGAGCCAGCCGUGUGCACAGAGCCGACUCGAUUCGUUCCGUAUAUUGAAGUAUGAUAUCGACACUGCAAAUGACCACACAGGUCGAAGAUCUGCUCUGCUCAUUGAGCGACACAACGUAACUCCCGGCAUGUUCCUGAUGUAUAUUGGAGGGAAGCUGCUGUUUGCUGACCACAUUUUUAACGGAUACAGUACCACUGUUAAAGAUCUGAAGAAACAAUUAGCCAAAACUUAUGAGGACUAUUUAACAGGCCACCAGCUGCUCCAUGACUUCAGGUUCAGUUCGUUUCAUUACAAUCAAUCAGGUACCGAAUUGGACAACGGGAUCUGGAUUAGUCAACUGGAGAGACCCAAAUCUGAAGCCUCUAUUCUGCCAGGCACAUGCAUCUUUCCAACUUCUGACAGGGCUGCAACAAUCCAGAACUUCAUCGCAUUUAGUUUGUCUCGGCGAAGUGGCUGUUGCAGUAGCAUGCUGUACUGAAUGGUAUCUGGACUCUGGAACCGUGCAGUGGAAGGCUACACCUCCAGCCUGAGCAGUAAUUCCGGUUAUUGCUCACACCUAGCCUUUGUCACCAAUUUCUGCAGUACCUCUUGAUAAAAAUUACUGUGUUUGUUCAGACCAAAUGUAGUGGUACGGAAGGGGCUCCCUAUUCACUGCUUAAUCUUGUAGUUUUCCACUAGCUCCUGGCUUGUUUUUCCCACACUCAAAGCCCAGGAACUGUGUCAGCUGUAACUGGUUUUCUACAAGGAACACACUCAAGAGGAUUUGCCUAAAAUUCAUACAGCCAAGAUCUGUUACUGAAGAUAUUUUACAGAAGGAUAGCCAUAAAAGAUAGCACUGCUAGUACUCCUGGCUUUAAUUUAAUGCAGAUAUUUUCCCCUUCAGAUCAAACAUUUAAUUGUGCUUGGUACAAACCAUUCAUUUCCAAUCUCAUACAGUUAUAGUGCAGUU